AUGGUUCACAAAGUACUCUUCUGGAGUGGCUUCGGCAUUGCCGUCCGCCUCUGGCAACUCGGUAUCGAGAUGCGUCCAAUUCUCGCCAAGGAAUCCCUCUGGGUCUACCCUCUUUUCGCCGGUGUUGGUGGAAGCUUUGGCUACUGGCUUCAGGGUGUUGAGAGCAGACAAUUGAAGAUGCUUGCACAGCGCCGCGAGGCUAUUCUCGAGAAGCGUCGGCGACGGGAUGAGAAGCCCGAGGGUGGUGUCCUGGCUGCUGCAUCAUAA